ACUUUCAUUUCCUUUAGUGGUUUGGUCGAGUUAAAAUUAUUAAAAGAAUACCAGGCACUGCAAAUUUUAAUAUCGAAUUGAUUCUGUAAAGAUGAACAAAUUUAAGAUAUUUUUCAUAUUCUGUUUUGUUUUAAGUUUCUGUAUAGCUGAAGAUGCAUUAAUUUGUAAACCGAAAAGCGUAUUUCAAAAUGAUUGUAAUAUAUGCGUUUGUGGAUCUUCUGGAUUAGAUUACGUCUGUUCAAAGGACGUAUGUUCAUCGAAAAAAAUUAAGAAAAUGAAUUCGUAUAAAGAUGAAGAUGAAUAUAACGACUAUGAUUUAGAUAACGUCGAUGAGUAUCAAAAUGAAGAUUUAAUUAAUAAUGCCACUGAUGAUGAGUCCAGGAACGUCAAUGGCAUAAAAACUGAAAAUGAUGUUGACGACAUAACUGACGAAGAUCAGAAUGAUAACAUUGAGAACGAAGAUGAUAUUUAUGAUUAUUCUCAGGACGAAGGACAAAAUAAUGAGGAUUUCAAUGAGUUAAGAUCAAGAGCAUGGGAUAGGGUACUAGCAUGAUAAUACUCUUUUAGUAUUUAGAAUGUAUCGUUUCGAAAGAACCCAAAAUAUGUAAAUGAAAUUUAUUCAAAAAUUUUUUUGCUACUUAAUGGGAAUUCUUCUUUUUUGCAACUUCUUCUUACUGUAUUUGUAUUUCUUCAUAUUAUAGUGCCUGAUCAGUCAUUUGAAAAGCUGUCGUUGUAGCCGUUUAAGAUCUUCUAUGAUGUUCCACUGGCGAUACGUUUCUUGUUAUUUUUACUAUUAUUCCUUCUAUGCAACGAUCAAUGUAACAUCCAAUUACCAAUGCUGUAUUAUCGUUUAAUAUUUUAACUUCUUCUUCUUCUUCUUCUGUAUCAUUUCGUCAUUUGAAAUCUACCCAUAAGCUCAUAUUUUUGUCGUUAAUACAAAGUGGGCUAUAAACUUUAGCACUUUUGUGCAACGAAAAAAAGAAAACACAUUGUUCAUUUAAUGUGUUGUUGACAUUUUUGAAACCUGGUCCUUAGAUUUUCGAAAAUUACAUUACAAAGUACGCUAUUCAUUUCUUGACGGAUGUUCUCUUUUAAUUGGUGUAUUGUUUAUUAUAUUAUUGUAUGAGCAAACAUAAAAGAGAUAUUGAUUUAACAGAAUCGAAUUUCUAGUUCACUUGGGGGUACUUAAAAACUUAAACGGAACUUAUUAGAGAACUCAUGGAAAUGAUUGGGAGUCAACAUAUUUUCGAUUCUGGUCAUUAUAUACCGUUUCUGAAGAAAAUUUUGUAGUUUUAUGAACUUCAUCGAAUUAAAUGGGUAAUUUUGAAUUGACAGAAAGAUUUUGUAUCUUUUAUGGUAAUAUUUUUAUUAUUAACUACUAAGUGUUUGAAAAUACAAUGAAAUAACGAUUUAACUAAUAUAAUAAUCUUACAUGUGUAUUUUUUCAAUAUACUAACUUAUUUAAACAUAUAAUUAUUCAAUAAAUGCUUCUUACAA